CGCACUCGGAGAGCAUAAACGAGCAGGUACAGAGAAUAUCCAGGUAGUGACUCCAGUUCUACCUCUGGUCUGGUUAGUAUGUAUCAUGGACGAAGUACUGGUAAAGCGCCCUCCACUCCCACGCAGAUUUACCAGCAACCUCCAAGGCUUCUCAUUGUGCAUAUUGCUCUACCAUCCUGGGCUGGUGUCUGCUCCAACCUCUGUGAGGCUCUGCAGAACUUUUUCUCUCUAGCCUGCAGCUUGAUGGGCCCCAGCCGCAUGUCCCUCUUCAGCUUAUACAUGGUACAAAAUCAGCACGAAUGUAUCCUUCCCUUUGUGCAAGUGAAAGGGAACUUUGCUAGGCUGCAAACUUGCAUCUCAGAACUCCGCACGUUGCAGCAAGAAGGCUGUUUCAAAGCACACAGCACUUCUCUGCAGCUGGCAGUAGAGGAUGGGCUCCAGCAGUUCAAACAGUACACCAGACAUGUGACCACAGGUGCAGCUCUGAGCUACACUUCCCUGGAGAUUACUGUUCUGACUUCCCAGCCUGGAAAAGAAGUGGUCAAACAACUGGAGGAAGGAUUGAAAGAUACAGACCUUGUACGGGUCAGGAGACUUCAGGUGGUUGAGAUCACAAAGGGAGUCCUAGAGUGUCUGGACUCAGUAUCCCCUGUUGAAGAGUCUAGCAGCGAUGAGAGUUCUAUCCUGGGAACUGACAUUGACCUUCAGACCAUAGACAAUGAUGUUGUCAGCAUGGAGAUUUUCUUCAAAACCUGGCUACAUAACAGUGGAACAGACCAAGAACAUAUCCAUCUUAUUCUUCCUUCACGGUGUUUCAGCAACAUUUCCAGAGCCAGAGAUGAUUCAAUAUGCCUGAAAUGUGAUCUCCAAGAGCGACUUCUCAGCCCAUCCCUGCUCCCUGGCACAGCUGAUGGCUCCUUGAAAAUGGAUGACCCCAAAGGAGACUUCUGCACACUUUACCAGAUGGCUUCCCAGUCAUCAGCCUCUCGUUACAAGCUCCGGGUGAUCAAGGCUCUAAAUUCCAGUGGGAUCUGUGAGUCAUUGACCUAUGGACUGCCCUUCAUCCUCAGACCCACAAGCUGUUGGCAGCUGGACUGGGAUGAGCUGGAGACAAAUCAGCAGCGUUUCCAUGCUUUGUGUCACAGCCUGCUGAAAAGAGAAUGGCUGCUGUUGGCCAAAGCAGAGCCCCUGAGUGGAGGACACAGCCUGAGGGCACCCCCCAGCACUUUCUAUGUCAUUGUGCCAUCACGCUCCCCCACUCUGCUGGUGAAGGCGGUGGCCACUCGGGAACUGUUGCUGCCCAGCCCCUUCCCCCUGCUGCCUGAGGACCCACCUGAUGUCAGCCUUCAGACUGUGGAGAGGGUGCUGGACAGCCUGGAGCUAGAGCCCACCUACAACCCUCUGCAGGCUUGGAGCCACCUGUACUCACACUUGAGAAGCACCCUGACCAAGUCUCAGGGGAGGCUCCAGCCACGCUGGGAAAGCCGGGCCUUGAGAAAGGCUGGGCAGUUGCAGACAAACCGCGUUCGAGCCACAGUGGCCCCCCUGCCUAUGACUCCAACCUCUGGCAGAGCCCCCAAGCUGCCAGCAGCCAGCAAGCCUUCCUCAGAAGCCUUCUUCUGGCCUGCCAGGGAGAGAGAAGUGGAGGAGCAGGAAGAGGAGGAGUAACCCUCUGAGUCCUAAGUCACCAGUGCCAGGGCCUGGCUGCCCUGCUCCACCACAUCCACACUAAGGCGCAUGCAGUGCAUGGCGUUCUGUGGUCAGACUUGCCUUCUCUCCACCUGAGCCUCUGUGAGCUCCAGGUGACUGGGAAACAGAGCCUUCCCCGCCUCUGUCUUCAGUGCUGCUGCCGCCCCACUGCUCAGGCCCAGAACAGACACACCUGAACUUUUUCCUUCUCCCAGCAGGAACUCAUUUUCUUUUGGAUCAUUCGAUACUGUUAACACAGAUGAAGAUUAAAUACCCAGUAAGUCUCCACCAUUGUUAGGAGCAUUCCCAGCCCAAAUUUCUCCUUUUGUUCCCCAUAAACAGAAGAUGAGGUCAGGUCACCUUCGGGAAACUGGACAUCAGGAGACAAGGACAAGGAUUUUAGAGCUCAUGAAAAGAAGUAGGAUUGAAAUCGAAGCCUCAUUCCAAAGCCUGCAUUCUUCCCGCUACACCCACCACAUUGCCGUUCCCCUCAGCCCUCAGACAGAAAAGUGGUUGGUGCUGAUACCUACAGACAAAGUGUGUGUGUGUGUGUGUGUGUGUGUGUACAAGUGGUGUCAUAUAACUGAGAACAGAAAAGGAAAACGGUGUAGAAAAGACCUGUUCCCUUCCAGUUUCUCUCUUGCUAGGACUGUCCACUUUUCUUUUC